AUGGUUCUGAGUGAAAAUUACCCAGAAUGCUCAGCGAGUCAGGGUGAGGAUGAAGAGCAGAGGAGCAGCAGAGAGAUGUUUCAUCAGAUCACAGAGCACUUCCUGAGAAGGAUGAAGCAGGAGCAGCUGGCUGAGCGUCUGCAGAGCAAACUCAUCGCUCCAAUUUGUGGACGUAAACUUAAAUCUAAGCUUAAGGAGAAGUUCCAGAGAGUGUUUGAGGGCAUCGCUAAACCAGGACAGCCAACCCUCCUGAAUGAGAUCUACACAGAGCUGCACAUCACAGAGGGAGGGACUGCAGAGGUCAAUGAGGAACAUGAGGUCAGACAGAUUGAAGCAGCAGCCAGGAACCCAAACAAAGCAGAAAUAAGCAUCAGACAAGAAGACAUCUUUAACGACCCAUCUGGAAGAGACCAACCAAUCAGAACAGUGAUGACAAAGGGAGUGGCUGGCAUCGGGAAAACAGUGUUGACUAAGAAGUUCAUGCUGGACUGGGCUGAAGACAAAACCAACAAGGACAUCCAGUUCAUGUUUCCAUUCAAGUUCAGAGAGCUGAAUGUGAGGAGGCUGGAAAAAUCAGAUGGGCCUGAACGCAGCAUGAAGAGGGACCACCUCACUGUCAAUGAAAGACUGAGUGACUGUAAGCUGUCAGAGAAAAGCUGUGAAGCUCUGUCCUCAGUCCUCAGCUCUCAGUCCUCCAGUUUGUCAGAGCUGGACCUGAGCAACAACAACUUGAAGGAUUCAGGAGUGAAACUCCUUUCUGUCGGACUGGGACAUUCACACUGUAAACUGGAAACUCUCAGGCUGUCGAACUGUCAGAUCGCAGAGGACGGCUGUGCUGCUCUGGCCUCUGCUCUGAGCUCCAACCCCUCACAUCUGAGAAAGCUGGACCUCCGCUACAACCAUCCAGGAGAGUCAGGAGAGAAGCUGCUGUCGGCUGCACUGAAGGAUCCAAACAACAGUCUGGAGACUCUCAGCAACAGGAAGGAGCCACGUGUGAUGGACGAUCAGUCGUAUCCUGGUCAUCCAGACGGGUUCGAUCACUGGCCUCAGCUGCUGCGUAGAACUGGUCUGACUGGUCGCUACUACUGGGAGGUCGAGAGGAGAGGAGGGGUUGAGAUGUUGAGUCUCCUCUGA